CAAUUUUUUGAUCUCAAUCGACAAGGACAAAUAAGUCAUUAUAAUAUAAUUAAUAUUAUAUAUUUAGCGUAUAUUUUUAUGACACUUUGUUUGGUUUAUAUUAUUUUAAUAUUGGUUUAUAUGGAUAGAGGAUCGGUGAUCUGAGGAGAGCUCGAGGAAGCAGGAAAAUGGGAUUUUGAGGAGUUUUCUAAAUUGGGAAAGAGAAAGAGAGGGAAUUUGUGAUCUGGGGUUGUUUGGUUUGUGGGAAAGUUUUGGUUUUUAAGCUUUUAUUUUUUUGGGAGGAGAUUUGAGAUGGGGUUCUUCAGUACUAUAUUGGGUUUUUGUGGAUUUGGAUUUGGGAUUUCUAUAGGUCUUGUUGCUGGCUAUUUCCUCUUCAUAUAUUUCCAGCCCAUUGAUGUUGAGGAUCCUGAAAUCCGUCCCUUGGUUCAGCAUGACUCAGAAACUUUGCAGCGGAUGCUUCCUGAGAUACCACUAUGGGUGAAAAAUCCAGACUAUGAUCGUGUUGACUGGCUAAACAAGUUUAUACUGUAUAUGUGGCCUUAUCUUGACAAGGCAAUUUGCAAGACUGCAAAGAACAUUGCGAAGCCUAUAAUUGCUGAGCAAAUUCCGAAAUAUAAAAUUGAGUCCGUUGAAUUUGAAACUCUUACAUUAGGGUCCCUACCACCAACUUUUCAAGGAAUGAAAGUUUAUUUAACUGAUGAAAAGGAGUUGAUUAUGGAACCAUCCAUAAAAUGGGCUGGAAAUCCCAAUGUCACUGUUGCUGUUAAAGCAUUCGGUUUGAAAGCAACUGCCCAGGUGGUGGAUUUGCAAGUAUUUGCUGCUCCACGUAUUACUCUGAAGCCCUUGGUUCCAAGCUUUCCUUGUUUUGCCAAUAUCCAUGUGUCUCUCAUGGAUAAGCCACAUGUUGACUUUGGACUAAGGCUUAUUGGGGCUGAUCUUAUGUCAAUACCUGGCCUUUACAGGUUUGUCCAGGAACUUAUCAAAGAUCAGGUUGCCAACAUGUAUCUGUGGCCCAAAACCCUGGAUGUGCCUAUUUUGGAUCCAACGAAAGCUUCAAAGAGGCCUGUUGGAAUUCUCCAUGUUAAGGUUCUGAGGGCUAUGAAACUAAAAAAGAAAGAUCUCUUAGGUGCAUCGGACCCAUAUGUGAAACUAAAACUCACAGAAGAUAAGCUUCCAUCAAAGAAGACAACUGUGAAGCACAAAAACUUGAACCCUGAAUGGAAUGAGGAGUUCAAUAUGGUCGUUAAAGAUCCACAAUCCCAGGCUUUAGAGCUUCAUGUUUAUGAUUGGGAGCAGGUUGGCAAACCUGACAAGAUGGGCAUGAAUGUUGUCCCUCUGAAAGACCUCACCCCUGAUGAGCCACAAGUUCUGACACUUGACCUUCUUAAGAAUAUGGACUUGAACGAUCCUCAGAACGAGAAGUCACGUGGGCAGAUUGUAUUGGAAUUGACAUACAAACCUUUCAAAGAGGAAGAAUUACCAAAAAGUUUUGAAGAAUCAAAGUCGAUAAAGAAGGCUCCAGAUGGGACACCUGCUGGUGGAGGUAUACUGGUAGUUAUAGUUCAUGAAGCUCAAGAUGUUGAAGGGAAGCACCAUACUAAUCCAUAUGCACGGAUUCUAUUCAGAGGGGAGGAGAGAAAGACUAAGCAUGUAAAGAAGAACAGAGAUCCAAGAUGGGAGGAGGAAUUCACGUUUAUGCUGGAAGAGCCUCCCACUAAUGACAGACUGCAUGUAGAGGUGGUCAGCACCUCAUCAAGGAUGGGCCUGCUGCAUCCAAAGGAAUCCCUGGGUUAUAUUGACAUCAAUCUUUCGGAUGUUAUCUCCAACAAACGAAUAAAUGAGAAGUACCAUCUUAUAGACUCGAAGAAUGGGCGUAUUCAAAUUGAGUUGCAAUGGAGGACUUCAUGAACUCGCGGAUUUUAUUUUCUUUUUUCUUUUCUUUUUAUACACAUUCCCCUCUCUAAAGACUUUGCUGAGUUAGUGCGUGACAAGGAGACAUUUCAUUUGUUUUUGUUAGAUUCAUUCUAUAUCACUUUGUUAUUUUGUCAUGUACAUGGUUGUAAUAAUAACUAUAGUUGUGAUUUAAACCUCCAUAGCUUUGAUAUUGCAUUUAAAAUCUCAUUGAGGCA